AUGGAUGUGUCUGAUUUGCCAAUGUUGGGAAGGAAGUUUACGUGGUGUAAUGCCUUAGAAGGGGAUAAGUGGAGUAGAAUUGAUUGGUUUCUUAUAUCUCUGGAAUGGUUGGGAAUGUUCAAUUGUAAGGUGUGGGGGUUACCGAGAGUUGUCUCCGAUCAUUAUCCAAUUGUACUAAUGAAAGAUGAUUGGGAUUGGGGGCCAAGACCGUUUAAGUUCAUCAAUGCUUCGACCCUACAUCCACAAUUUUUCCAAGUAGUAAAAACAUUAUGGGAAGACUCUGCGGUCACUGGAUGGAGUCUUAAAGAAGUUGAGGAUGAACUCCAUUUGCUGGAUCUGUGUGUGAAAUAUAGGGAACUUAAUGAAACUGAACUGGCUAGAGCAAGAUUGCUUAGAGAUGAGGUUUGGAAGUGGAGCAAACGACUUGAAUGGAUGUGGCUACAGAAGUCUAGAUUGUCAUGGGCGUUAAAGGGUGAUCGCAAUACCAAGUUCUUCCACAUAGUGGCUACCAGUAGGCAGAGUAGGAACUUGUUAAAUUUGUUAGUAGUGAACGGUGCUCAGUGUAAUGAUCCGGCAACAAUUAAAAGGGAAACAUACAAGUUUUUCACUACCUUGUUCAAGGAGGGUUGGAAGAUUAGGCCUUCGCUGCAUGGCCCAUUUAGCACCAUUGGGAGUGAUGAUGUGGCUUUGGCAGUAGAAGAUGAAUUUUCAGAGGUAGAAGUUUGGAGUGCUAUCAAGGAGUGUGAUGGUAAUAAAGCGCCAGGUUCGGACGGAUGCAACAUGGUUUGUUUCCAAAAAUGUUGGAAGAUUUUUAAGCCAGACAUUAUGCAGUUUUUUAAGGACUUCUAUCGUCAUGCAAAAUUAGCAAAGAGCCAGGAAUCUGGGCUUAAUCAGAGGCGUGAAGAUAGGAGUUGGAGUGGAGCCAAAGAUCAUUUUUGUAUGAUGGAGGAAUCAACGUCGACUUCAGGUUCCAUGAUAAAGUUAAAUGCUUCCAAUUAUGCCAUUUGGAAGCCCAGAAUGGAAGAUGUCUUGUAUUGCCGAGAUUUGUUUGACCCCAUUGAGCUUAAUGGAGUUAAACCACCAACGGAAAAAAACGAAGACUGGAAGCGGAAGAACCGAAAGACCAUUGGCUAG